ACAGAGGUACCCGGCCAGAUUAGAGGAGUUUGGCGGCGGUCGGAGGUAGGGACGGCGGUGGUGGCGGGAUUCAUCGCAUCCCGUACGAACCGGAUCGAUCCGAACUAGAGGAGACCUUGGCGGCGGCGGCGGCGGCGGCGACGACCUUAGUGCUGGCUGAAGCUAGGGACGGCGGCAGCCGAUUUCAUCACGUCCCGAGCAAGUUCAAAACAUGUUCAGCCUUCUAAUCCAGUCCGUCGAGUCACCCGUGCCCGACGCCUUCGCCGCCGUCCUCACCGCCAACGCCGACGAAGUCGGAACCAGCAGCUCCACCGCCGCCGGCGGCGGCGCAACCGCAUCAAAUCCCAUCUCCCCGCGCUCCAGCAACCCUCUCCCCUCCACCACCUCCGCCACAACCCCUCUCGAGCUGCCCGGCGUAGCCCCCGCCGCGUCCGCGCGAAACCCUAAGAUCCACCACACCCGCGGUGUCCUCCACCUAUACCGCUCCUCCCCCUCCUUGCCCGCUUCAUCCUACGCCUCCGCCGUCGCCCCCUCCUCUUCCUCCUCCGGACCCAUCGCCCCACCGCUCCAAUGCGACUCGCUGCUCCCGGUAACAAUUCCGCCUCGAUUCCUUACUAAUUUCCUCGUUUCCCCGCUCCUCAUUUCAUGUUUCCUGCAGUCAUGGCGCGGCACGCGCCUCCUUGUGCUCGCCGUCCCUACCCGCGUCUCGCCGGACGACUUCGUCCGCUUUUGCGGCCCCUACGUUGAGCACGCCUCCGAGAUCCGUGUCAUCAGCGACGAUGGGGUGGAGGACCGGUACAGCGUGCUUGUGGAGUUUGAGGAUCAAAAGAGUGCCGACGGAUUCUACCUGGACCUCAAUGGCUGGAGGUUCUCGUCCUCAGAGGUAGAGGUGUGCCAUGUUCUGUUUAUAGUUGCUGUGCAAUACAUGCCAUCCGCUGUGCCACCAGUUGGAUCUACCGAGCUUCCGACUUGUCCUGUUUGCAUAGAAAGGUUGGAUCAAGACAUCAGUGGAAUUGUGGCAACCAAUUGUGACCAUUCUUUCCAGUGUUCAUGCGUUUCAAUGUGGGUCAGUUCAUCUUGUCCGGUUUGUCAGUUUUGUCAGAAGCAGUCUGAAACUCCUACAAAUCCUACAUGUUCUGUUUGUCAGACCUCUGAAAACCUCUGGAUCUGUGUGAUAUGUGGUUUUGUUGGAUGCGGAAGGUAUAAAGAAGGCCACUCAAUUAGGCACUGGAAAGACACUCAGCACUGCUAUUCUCUUGAUUUGGAAACUCAACGUGUUUGGGAUUAUGUCGGUGACAGUUAUGUUCAUCGUCUUAAUCACUCGAAAAGCGAUGCAAAACAUUCUAAGCUCAGGUCAAAGUGUGAAUUUUCUGGGCACAACUGUGUGAACUGUUCGUGCAACGAUGACUCGGAUAUGGGUGGAGUUAUGUUUAGCAGCAAAACUGAUACAAUCGUGGAUGAAUACAACCGUCUUCUUGCAAGCCAACUUGAAACUCAGAGAGAGUAUUACGAGGCUCUUCUGUCAGACGCUAAGAAAGAUAGGGAACACAUUUCUGUUGCUGUGGAUAAAGCUGUAAAUGAUAAGCUUCAAGAGAUGCAACUUAAGCUUGAAAAUACUAUAUUGGAGAAAAAGAAAGUUGCAGAAAUGAAUGAAAAACUCACGAAGAGCCAGGAUAUAUGGUCCAAGACAGUAAAAGGAAUAGAGGAAAGAGAGAGAGCGCAGUUGAGGCUGAAGGAUGAUACAAUUCUUGACCUGGAGGAACAGAUUAAAGACUUCAAGUACUCGAUUAAGUUGCAAAAAUCGAUAGAGAAGAGUACACAUGCUGAUGAUCUCAAAGGAGGUAUGCUGGUGCCACUGGCCAUGGAAUCAGAAUCUGGAAAGGGUAAAAGAUCGUCAAGAAGCAAGAGGAGGAAUUAGCGGCAGCCAUGCAACGGGCCUCUUUAUUAACUAGCAUGACAGUUGCUAAAAAAAUGAACUAGCAAGACAGUUGUGACUUUGUGGGAGAAGCUUCAUUACUGGUAGUUUCGCACUGCUACACUCUGGUACAUUGUCCAUAACGACGAAACUAUAAUCGGGAUACUGCAUAACAUUUAAAAAAUACAGAAUUUGGACAUUGUGUAGAAAAUAUAACCAAACAAAAUCCAACGUUCGUAUUACAUACCCAGUGAAGUUUCAGGAAGUUGUAUCGACGUAUAAGCACACAUAAGUUUACAAUCUGAUAAACACUUCGAAGGUG